AUGCCUUUGCCUUUCCUUGGUCGGUUGAACAUAACCGAGUAUGUCGCCUUGGUAGGCUCCUUUGUGCUUGUUGGCCUCGAAGCCUUCAUCCGGGUAAUGACACUGGCGUUACCCUCGUCACUGUUGAACCUCUUCUACCGAGCUUCGCGACGACUGUUCAACAGGUUGACUUCCCCUGCACAGAAGGAGGCCGAACAACGAAGAAAGUCCAUAUCAUCCUCGAUUCGAAAUGCGUCCGACUUCGUCGAUCUCUGUGCUAUGUUCGGUUACACGGCGGAGGAGCAUGUGGUGCAGACUAAGGAUGGCUAUCUACUUGGCAUCCACCGUCUCGCAUGGCGGAAGGGCGAGGAGGACAUGAAGGUCAACAGUGGCCCCGCCAGCAUCAAGAAACGCGUUGUAUACCUCCAUCAUGGACUCUUGAUGAACAGCGAAGUCUGGAUCAGCCUCACGGAUGCCCGAAGAUGUUUGCCGUUCGUGUUGGUAGAACAGGGCUUUGAUGUUUGGCUGGGCAACAACCGUGGAAACAAGUACUCCAAGAAGUCGAUCCAUUGCUCACCAACAUCUACUCAAUUCUGGAACUUCUCCAUCGACCAGUUCGCCUUUCACGACAUCCCUGAUUCUAUCAAUUACAUACUUGAUUUCACGAGGCAGCCGUCAUUGUCCUACAUUGGGUUCUCUCAAGGCACAGCACAGGCUUUUGCUAGUUUGUCAGUUCAUCCAAAGCUCAACGACCAAGUCAACGUCUUCAUCGCGCUCGCCCCUGCUAUGUCAGUCCCUGGCUUGAACAAUGGUAUCGUCGAUGCUCUGAUCAAAGCCUCCCCUCAGGUCCUCUUCCUCCUCUUUGGCCGGCGAUCUAUCCUCAGUUCUGCAACCAUGUGGCAGUCCAUUCUCUACCCGCCCCUCUUCAUCAAGGUGAUUGAUAUGGGCAAUAACUUCCUCUUCGGCUGGAAGUCCAAGAACAUCUCUGUCAGCCAGAAGCUUGCUGCCUAUCCUCAUCUGUACUCGUUCACAAGUACCAAGUCUGUUGUCCAUUGGUUUCAGAUCAUUCGCAACAAGUCGUUUCAGAUGUACGACGAUGAUGUGCAGACGCCUUUGUUGGGUGGUUCAAACAAGUAUACAAAGGUCGCCAAGUACCCGACUCGGAACAUCAGAACGCCAAUCGUCGUGGUCUACGGAGGAAGCGACUCGCUCGUUGACAUAAAGGUCAUGUUAAAGGAGCUUCCCAGCCGGACUGUCGCAACUGAAAUUCCUCACUAUGAGCAUCUCGACUUCCUAUGGGCUCGAGAUGUAGACACGCAAGUUUUCCGCCACAUCUUUGAUGCUUUGGAGAACUUCACGAAUGCGGAUAACCCCUUGGAGGAGUAUGAGAGCUAUCAACGCGCAAGGUCUGCCAGCCUGUCGGCAUCGGCGUUGUUCAAGCGGUAA